AUCGGUCAUCGUGAAGACUAAUCGGCUAAGCCUUAAAGUGACGACAAACGCUGAAGUUAAACAUGUCGGAAAUACUGCAAGUUAAUAAUUCGGAUUCAGGCUUUAUUACAGCUAAUGUCUCGAAUUCCCAUAAUGAUACCGUGGCCUUUGAGAUAAAAUUUGCCAAGGACUUAACCAUCUCUCAGCUAAAGAGUAAAUUGGAAAUCUUAACCGGCGGAAAUGCUGGCACCAUGAAAGUAGAGUUGUAUAAAGGCGACAAUUUUGUAACAACGCUAAGCGACAACGAUGCCAAGCUGGGUUUCUAUAUAAAUUCCGAUGGCAUGCGACUGCAUGUCAUUGAUAAUUUUGCAAACUUUACAUUUGACACAGAGACGGUUGAAAAAUUUGAGCUUACAAAUGAUCAAUACGAACAGCGAACGGAUUCUGUGCGGAAUUUCUUAAAGCAAAAUCGACUGGGCAAAUACAAUGAGGAGGAAAGGCAGCAAAUGGAAAUCAAACGGCGUGAACAGGCUGAAGAAAUACAAAGACGUGCAGAUCUUUGUGUUGUUGGCAGUCGUUGCCAGGUGAGUGUGUCAGGAAAUCCUACACGUCGUGGCACUGUAAUGUACAAUGGUCAACUUGAGGGUAAAAAUGGCAUUUAUAUUGGUGUCCAAUAUGAUGAGCCAUUGGGCAAGAAUAACGGAAGUGUGGACGGCAAAUCCUAUUUCAUCUGUCAACCUAAUUAUGGUGGCUUUGUCUCACCUCUCUCCGUGGAAGUGGGCGAUUUUCCGGCUGAAACCUUUGAUCUUGACGAUGAGCUGUAAUCGAAAACUGAUUUUCUUGAAGAGAUUCCAUUUUAUUAUUUAUGCCUAAUUAAAAUCUCUAAUUUACUCAUUAUAAUAUUUAUUGUGAUAAUUUACAGUCGAGAUAUUGGUAUUUUUAUUAACUUGAAAAAUAUAUGUAUGUAAAAGAAAGUCCAGCUGAUGGAAUUAUAA